AUGCCGCCCUCAGUCCCUACGCGAGGCGGCCCCUCUUCAUCACGCCCAACCUCAUCCAUGCCUCGGCCGACCUACUCGGGCGGUAAGGUCACUGCUUUGCAUCGAAAGGGCGUUGUGCGACCGUCAAACACUGGCGGCAAGACUGUUCUGGGCGGAAAGCGACAUCGUAAAAUCCUGCGCGAUUCCGUUCAAGGAGUCACUAAGCCCGCUAUCCGACGACUUGCCCGUCGAGGUGGCGUGAAGAGAAUCUCUGCGAGUAUUUACGAUGAGGUUCGCGCGGCGCUGAAAGCUCGAUUGGAGACCAUUCUGCAGGACUGUGUGAUCUACGUUGAGUACAGAAACGCCAAGACGGUGACGGUUCAAGAUGUCAUCCACAGCUUGGGCCGGCUCGGGCGACCUCUCUGGGGUUUCGACCCUGAGACAUAUUAUCCCAAGAAGAACUAA